CUUGAUCGCCCUCGUUCAUUUCGUUCAUUUCUGGGACAGUCAUCGGCAAGUGCGGUUCGUAAAGUUUGCAGUUUUGUAAAAUUAGUGGAAUUUUAAGUGUUUUAUCGCAUUAAAAGUGAUGAAUUUCCUUGAAAUUUGAUCUCAGCAGAUGAUGAGAUGACUGCAACGGAAAUGACAGACAAGUAAGACAAGAAGAAACGGUGUUUUGAACUUGUGUGUCGCACAAGUGUUGUCUCGAAACAUCACCGCCAGCCAAGCGGCGAAGAUCUCGAAGCGCAAUGUAUUUAUACAACUUUAUCCUACAGCGCGCCACUGGCAUUACCCACGCGGUCCAUGGCUGCUUCGCCGGGACCAAACAGCAGGAGAUCCUGCUGUCGAAGGGCAAGAGCCUGGAGCUGGUCCGGCCGGAUCCGAACACGGGCAAGGUGCACACGCUGCUGCAGACGGAAAUCUUCGGUGUGAUCCGGUCGUUGAUGUCGUUCCGGUUGACCGGUGGCACGAAAGAUUAUGCCGUCGUCGGAUCGGAUUCCGGACGAAUCGUCAUCUUGGAAUACAACGCGGCCAAGAACCAGCUGGAGAAAGUUCAUCAGGAAACGUUCGGUAAAUCAGGAUGUCGGCGAAUUGUCCCGGGCCAAUUUUUGGCCAUCGACCCGAAAGGUCGUGCCGUCAUGAUUGGGGCCAUCGAGAAGCAGAAGUUGGUCUACAUUCUGAACCGUGACUCGGAAGCACGUUUGACCAUUUCAUCUCCACUGGAGGCGCACAAGUCCAGCACGUUGACAUACCACAUGGUCGGAGUCGACGUCGGAUUUGAAAAUCCCAUGUUUGCCUGCUUGGAAAUUGACUACGAGGAAGCGGAUUUGGAUCCAUCCGGAGAGGCGGCAGCCAAAACGCAGCAGACCUUGACGUUUUACGAGUUGGAUUUGGGAUUGAACCAUGUGGUCCGCAAAUACUCGGAACCGCUGGAAGAACACGCCAACUUUUUGAUCUCCGUUCCUGGGGGUAAUGAUGGCCCUUCCGGAGUCUUGAUUUGCUCGGAAAAUUAUUUGACCUAUAAGAAUCUCGGUGAUCAGCAUGACAUUCGUUGUCCGAUUCCGAGAAGGCGAAAUGACCUUGAUGACCCCGAGCGGGGAAUGAUUUUCAUCUGCUCGGCAACUCAUCGUACCAAAUCGAUGUACUUUUUCCUGGUUCAAACGGAGCAGGGAGAUAUCUUCAAGGUCACACUGGAAACCGACGACGACGUCGUUUCGGAGAUCAAGCUCAAGUAUUUCGACACGGUUCCGCCGGCAACAGCCAUGUGCGUACUCAAAACCGGUUUCCUGUUCGUGGCUUGCGACUUUGGCAAUCACUAUCUAUACCAGAUCGCUCACCUCGGCGAUGACGACGACGAGCCCGAGUUCAGUUCGGCUAUGCCGCUGGAAGAAGGGGACACUUUCUUCUUUGCACCUCGUCCGCUGAAGAAUUUGGUCAUGGUCGACGAAAUCCACUCGUAUGCUCCCAUUCUGGGCUGCCAGGUGGCCGAUUUGGCCAACGAGGACACACCCCAGCUGUACCUGGCAUGUGGCCGUGGCCCACGAUCGUCGAUUCGAGUGCUCCGACAUGGACUGGAAGUUUCGGAGAUGGCCGUCUCGGAACUGCCCGGUAAUCCGAAUGCUGUCUGGACCGUCAAGAAGCGUAUUGAUGAGGAAUUCGACGCGUACAUCAUCGUGUCUUUCGUGAACGCCACCCUGGUCCUGAGUAUCGGCGACACGGUCGAGGAAGUCACCGACAGUGGUUUCCUCGGAACAACCCCCACGUUGAGCUGUUCGGCCCUUGGCGACGAUGCGCUGGUGCAGGUCUAUCCGGACGGCAUUCGGCACAUCCGGGCGGACAAGCGUGUCAACGAGUGGAAAGCCCCGGGCAAGAAGACCAUCACCAAGUGUGCCGUCAAUCAACGGCAGGUGGUCAUUGCGCUGUCCGGUGGUGAGUUGGUGUACUUCGAGAUGGAUCCGACCGGCCAACUGAACGAAUACACCGAACGGAAGAAGAUGCCCAGCGAUGUCAUGUGCAUGGCAUUGGGUUCCGUUCCGGCCGGAGAGCAACGGUCGUGGUUCCUGGCCGUCGGUUUGGCCGACAACACGGUGCGCGUUAUUUCGCUAGAUCCCAGCGAUUGCCUCUCGCCCCGAUCCAUGCAAGCGCUCCCCUCGGCAGCCGAAUCGCUCUGUAUUGUUGAGAUGGGAACCGGAGAUACCAACGAGGAGGGCGUUGCAUCGUCCGCUGGAUGUAUCUAUUUGAACAUUGGUCUGACGAACGGAGUGUUGCUGCGGACCGUGUUGGAUCCGGUGUCGGGAGAUUUGGCCGAUACCCGGACGAGAUAUUUGGGAUCUCGUCCCGUGAAGCUGUUCCGCAUCAAGAUGCAGGGCUCGGAAGCCGUUUUAGCCAUGUCCAGUCGGACCUGGUUGAGCUACUACUUCCAGAAUCGAUUCCACUUGACUCCACUGUCAUACGAAACUUUGGAAUAUGCUUCGGGAUUCUCCAGCGAGCAGUGCUCGGAAGGUAUCGUAGCCAUUUCGACCAAUACACUGAGGAUUUUGGCGUUGGAAAAGUUGGGGGCGGUUUUCAAUCAAAUCACGUUCCCCUUGGAGUACACGCCGAAGCGGUUCUUGAUUCACAACGAGACGGGCAAACUGGUCAUCAGUGAAACAGACCACAAUGCCUACACGGAGGAAACGAAGAACAUCCGUAAGAAGCAGAUGGCGGACGAGAUGAGGGAAGCUGCCGGUGAGGAUGAACAAGAGCUAGCGAAUGAAAUGGCUGAUGCGUUCAUCAACGAGGUACUCCCGGAGGAUAUUUUCUCGGCUCCGAAGGCAGGUACUGGAAUGUGGGCGUCCCAGAUUCGAGUGAUGGACCCAAUCAAUGGACAUACCUAUUCGAAGGUACAAUUGGCGCAGAACGAAGCUGUUCUCUCCAUGGCUUUGGUGCGGUUUUCUGUAGACCAAAAGUGGUACGUUGUGGCCGGUGUCGCUAAGGAUCUCCAGAUGAAUCCCAAGAUUGCAAACGGUGGAUUCAUCGAUGUGUACAAGUACGAUGUCCACACGCACCAGCUCGAGCAUUAUCACCGGACGGAGAUCGACGACGCUCCCGGAGCAAUCGCUAGCUUCCAAGGACGGGUUCUGGUCGGAGUAGGACGAGUGUUAAGAAUCUACGAUCUCGGCAAGAAGAAACUUCUACGGAAGUGCGAAAACAAACACAUUCCCAAUCAGAUCGUCAACAUCCAGGCGAUGGGUUCAAGGGUGUUCGUUUCCGACGUGCAGGAAUCCAUCUACUGCAUCAAGUACAAAAGAGCGGAGAAUCAGUUGAUCAUCUUUGCCGACGACACGCAUCCACGAUGGAUUACGACGUCCACGUUGCUGGACUACGACACGGUGGCCACGGCGGACAAGUUCGGCAAUAUCGCUAUCCUUCGCCUGCCCCAUUCGGUCUCGGACGACGUCGAUGAAGAUCCGACCGGAAACAAAGCCCUGUGGGAUCGAGGUCUGCUCAACGGCGCCUCCCAAAAAGCCGAGAACAUCUGCACAUUCCACCUUGGAGAAACGAUCAUGUCCCUGCAGAAGGCCACCCUUAUUCCGGGAGGUUCGGAGUCGCUGAUAUACGCAACCAUGAGCGGAACCGUAGGAGCGCUGGUUCCGUUCACCAGCCGGGAGGAUUACGACUUCUUCCAGCACUUGGAGAUGCACAUGCGCAACGAGAACACACCCCUUUGCGGGCGGGAUCAUCUGAGCUAUCGGAGCUACUACUACCCGGUGAAGCACGUGAUGGACGGCGAUCUUUGCGAGCAGUUCACCUCGAUGGAUCCGGCCAAGCAGAAGAGCAUCGCGUCGGAUUUGGGCCGAACGCCGAACGAGGUGGCCAAGAAGCUGGAAGACAUCCGGACGCGGUAUGCGUUCUAAGGUGUUAGUGAGGUAAGUUAUGAAUCUCGUAGUCGAAUGAGACUUUCCAUAGUUUUCAUGAUGACUUAAAUUUAUGACCUUUGGACACUUAAGAACAUCCGAUGUUUACGAACCUACGUUAAGUAGUUAACUGACGCUUGUGUUCUUACUUGUCAAAGGUUUCACAAAUCUAAAACAUUCGACUGAUGUAUGUAUUGUGUUAUUUACAGAUUUACGGAGAGAUGUCCAGCGUCAUGUGCUGCAUAAUUGACCAGAAAGAUCUUUACCUGUAAGAGAAUUGUGAUUUCACAUUAGCUCGUAAAAUAAAAUGAACAUCCAGCAAAAGUUACUUGGAGCAAUCUAUUUAUAAUCGAUUAAGAUCAAACACAAUUCAACCGUAGAGCCGCAUAUCUUCAAACAGAAAAUUACGUAACUUCGAUUGCUGUUGAUUCGUUGUAAUCGCUAGUGAUUCAUCACAAAUAGUUCAUAAGCAAUCUUAGCCAGUUUUGGACUUGCAUUGUCAACGUAAUAUAUUUUCGGAUAAAGUUUCUUCAAAUUGGAAUUAGUGGCCGCUCUUUUCUCAUCUGCUAAAUACAAAUGAUCUAAUCUAUCAUACGAUCGGAGACGAUCAACAGCAUCAUCAUACCCUAUUCUACGGUAAGUUAUUCCAUCACGUGUGUCAUAAAUGAAGUUCUCUAGAAACAAUCAUGAUGAACAACAAAAAUAUAAGUUCGGACUUAUGAAUUUUCAUAAUGAUUCGUUAUUGUUUCACUGACACCCGGUUUCUGAACCGAAAAAUCUCACUUUCCAGUCUGACGACGAAGAAUUCUAAUGGUAUCCUUCUUUCUCCGACUUUCUUAGGCAGAUUCAGAACCGAAGGGGCGGCAGUAUUUAUUACCCAUCAUUUCCACGGAUUGUAGUAGUGUGUUACUUACUAAACUAUUUCUUUUCACGUUGUAGUGAAUCAGCACGUUUCCAAAAUACAUACCAUGUAAUAAUCAUCAAUUAGCUUAUCGUGCACUGUGUAUGUAUUCUUUUAACCCGGAACACACCGCAAAAGGCGAUUGUACCCCUGAUACAAAUCAUGUAGAAAGAGAGAAACGCAAAAAAAAGUCAAUAAACAACAACCCUUGAAACAUCGUA